AUGCCUAAGAAAGGGGUCCUAGUAAACCUGCGUAAACCAACGGUACCACAAUGGACGAUUUUACAGAUAACAGAAAACAGGACACAGUCUAUAGUACUAUACGUGUUCAUUGAUGACGGAAGAGAAACAUCUAAGGAUCUUGUUUUAAAUUUGCCUCUCCAUGCCAAACUCUCCCCAGAUGUACACAACUAUUCAUGUGCACCAUUAUUUCAAGAUGGAAAAGAUGGCAAAAAGAUCAUCGAGACAUUGAAACAGUUUUCCAGUGUGGGGACUUUUUCUGUAGACGUGGAUCACAAACCACCUUCAUUAUAUACCGUAAUGGACCUUCAUUCCCUAAAUACAAGGGUAGAACCCCCACUCAAUAAUCCACCUGCAUCGCCUUUAACGACUUCAUCAAAUUAGAAGGGAUACCCCGUUAACACGGAAAGUUUUAAUCUUAUAUUUCUGAAGGACAUAGAGACGGGGGUUAUACGUCUAUACAACACAGAAGCUUCUCAGUUUACUUUUCCGUUUCA